AAUGAUACUAAAAAAACAUCUUCAAUAUCAAAAAUUUUACGGAAACAAAAAUGCCAUUUAAAAAGGUUAACAAUUCUUCACACAUCAAACUUUGAAGCAGUUCAACUCCUAACUUUCCCCAGAAUAGUUUCUUAAUUUUUUUCUUAAUUAAACUUAUAUAAAAUGAAUUCAACUUUAAUAUUUAAACUAACUUGUCUUAUCGUUAUUAAUUUGUUAAUAAGUGUUUGUGGUGAAUUUUUUGAAGCAUGUGAAGACCAAGAAGAUGGUACUUUCGUUGCUGGUAAUCAAGGAUGCAAAUCCUAUAUUUAUUGCGAGGGUGAAGAAUCAUAUGAGGGAGUUUGUCCAUCACAAUUGCUAUUCAAUACCGAAGAUGGAAGUUGUGCACCGGAAAAUGAAGUUGUUUGUUCAGAUGAUGAGGUUCCAAUAGAAAAUGAAACAGAACCACCACCACCAGAAACAACAACUACCACUUCCGUAGCAGAAGAAAUACCAACAACAUUACGACCACCUCCACAGACAGAGGGCGAAGUUGUUCACCCCGAUUCGGAGUCUACAAAGUCUCCAGGGUCUCUAACUUCUAUUAAAACAAAUCCCACAAGCUUUGCUCCAAUAACACCAACAACAGGAAGUGUCAGUGUCAUUUCAACACCUAGUCCACCUCCUGCUCAAAUUUGUCCCGCUAGUGAUGAUCCACAUGCGGUUGUUCUGCUACCAAGUGAAACUUCAUGUAGUGAAUAUUUCAUUUGCUAUCAUGGAAGUCCUGUACAAAUGGUUUGUUCUGGACAGCUUUUGUUCGAUUAUGUGACAUCUAAAUGUGAAAUACCCAUAAGAGCUAAAUGCAAGGCCACAGUACAGACAACACCAAAUCCAAAAACUCAAUGUGUUCAAAACACUUAUGAUUACUUUCCAUAUCCGAAGAAUUGUAAUUAUUUCUACAAAUGUAUGAAUGGAUUUUUAAGUCUACAACAAUGUCCAAUAGGAUUUGGUUGGAGUGAUGAGAUGAAACUUUGCUUGAAAUUAGAUCAUGGACGAUGCCCAAUAAGAGCAAUAGAUCAGCUACAAAAUCAAUUAUGGUUAAAUAAUAUAGUUUGA